UAAUGUGACAUCAUCCAAAUUAACUGAUGUCAAAAAUAAAAUCGGACGAAAAUGGAGGGCAGUAAUAUAACAACAACUAUAAAGUAUAUGGUUAGGCUCAUAUCAAACGCUACUCUAAAUAAAACUUUGCUCCCCUCGCGUGAAGUCUCGCGAGAGCUGGCGGCUAAUGAUGGCGCAAAUCCCCCAAAUGAUUGACGUGAAGAUCAUUAGCAUAUUCAUGAGGGAGCGUGUGACUCUCGCACAGCUGACCUACUUCGCCUCCCUCCCAAGAAGCUGAUAAAUAAACAGAGCAGAGGCGAAAAAGUGAAAGCCUCGCCCGUCCUCCUCCUCCUUCUUCUCCUCCUUCUGGUUGUCGUUACCUGGGCAGGUGGAUAUCAUGGCGGACGGGCCGGUGCCGCCGAGGAUCCGAGCAAUAUUGUACUUGCUCACGCCGAACGAGUCGUCCUUCGAGCGGCUGGAAGACGUCCCCGAGUACGUCCAUCAGGCCAACCCUUUGUUCCUGGGCCUGGUGGUUCUGGAGAUGCUGCUGGGCUCGCUGAUGUCGGGGGCAAAACUUUACAACGUUGCUGACGCCAUCAUCUCCGUGUCCUUAGGGAUGACCUCGCGACUCCCGCUGCUGCUGAUGCGAGGUCUGGAGCUGUCGGCCUACGUGUACGUGUGGGAGAACUUCCGUCUUCUGGAGCUGCCCUGGGACUCGGCCUGGACCUGGUGGCUCUCCUUCCUGGCCGUGGACUUGUGCUACUACUGGUUCCACCGCUGCGCUCACGAGGUAGCCAUACUUUGGGCGGCCCACCAGGUGCACCACAGUUCCGAGUACUACAACUUCAGCACGGCCCUGCGGCAGCCGCUCACCCAGCAGCUGACGUCGUGGAUCUUCUACGUGCCCAUGGCCUUGGCCGUGCCACCAUCUGCCUUCGCUGUCCACAUCCAACUCAAUCUUCUCUUCCAGUUCUGGCUGCACACGGAGGUAAUCCGAGACUUGGGACCUCUAGAAUGGAUCUUCAACACUCCCAAGCAUCACAGAGUUCACCACGGAAGGAACGAAUACUGCAUUGACAAGAACUACGGAGGGAUUCUGAUCAUAUGGGAUCGAUUGUUUGGUACAUUCACUGAAGAGAAGGAGAAGGUGGUGUAUGGCUUGGUCUUCCCCAACAACUCCUUUGAAAUCAUGUCAAGUCAGUUCCACUACUAUUUGUCCUUGUGGAGAAGAUCAACCACCUACUCGAGCCACACCGACAAAGUGUCCACUUUUGUCAAUGGUCCCAGCUGGAGGCCCGGAACUCCUCGGCUGGGCAACCAUGAUCAUGUUCCCAAGGUGACUGGUGAGGAGAAGCUUCACGAUCCCAGCUGCUCGCUGCCAUUACAAGUUUACGUAGUGACACAUUUCCUGCUGGUGCUGUACACGUACCACGAGCUCUUCGAAAACCAGACGACGCUGACCCAGUUGACCUUGCUGGGGAUGACCGGCUACAUCCUACUCACGCUCACCUCCCUGGGCUUCAUCAUCGACUCCAGGCCGGCGGCGGCCAUUUUCGAGUUGCUGCGCUGCAUGGCCAUGGUGAUGUUGCUGCAGUCCAGCCACCUCAGGGCCCCCAACUCUGCUCUGACUGUGCCCACCCAGUGUCCUGCUGAGGAUGUUGGGGGAGGCCCCCGCGUCACGUGACUUGACGUCAUUCAGCCAACCGGGCCCCGUCUUCCAUCCCUUCGUGAAGGAAAACCUCGCCUCGGGUCAUCCCCGUACAUUUGUAGGCGCCACAUAAUGGGUCCCGUUGCUAUUUUUAGCCUCUCACGUGGAGUACAAGUGAUAGAAGUAUACAUCCAGAGGUCGAACGGAGAUCCACUCGCUCUUCGGCCCUGGCGAGAUAAACACGCUUCACUUUUUUAGCCUCCGAAGCUCGUCUACUUUGAGAAGAAGCCGCCAAGCCGCGGUAUCAAUCGAGCGCAGAGGAUUGCUGUGCACUUGCGGGUUGCCAUGGCGACCCGCUCACUUCCCACCAAAUGAGGCGAGUCUGCUCUGAAUGCCCCGUUGCCAUUUGACUGUGUAGCUUAAUGCUCCCUGGAGAUUUUGUUCUUGUUUUUUUGCACCACAGACUCGUAUUACGUGAAUGAUGCGCGCUUGUUUUGUCCCCAAUGAGCCCGUCCCAUCUUGGAGUAAUGGAUGAAUGAAACCCCAUCUACGAAUGACUGAGAUCAUGAUGUCAGUGUACAGUGGAUGUAAAAAGUCUACACACCCCCUGAUCAAAUUUGUAUUAUUUUUUGUGAUGUAAAACAAUGAGACCGAGAUAAAAGAACAUUUCCUCACUGUGGGACGAAUCAGGUCAUUUGAAAUCAUCUCAAUGUUUCCACCAUUGUAACAUUUAACCUACACACCUCAAUUGAGAAAUAAAAACUGAAAUCUUUU